ACCUCCAGCAGACAGAAGAGCAGCAUGAGGCCUGAGAACCAGAGCAGCAUGUGUGAGUUCCUCCUUCUGGGGCUCCCCAUCAGGCCAGGGCAGCAGGGUGUGUUCUUCACCCUGUUCCUGGGCAUGUACCUGACCACAGUGCUGGGCAACCUGCUCAUCAUCCUGCUCAUCAGGAUGGACCCCCGCCUGCACACGCCCAUGUACUUCUUCCUCAGCCACUUGGCCUUCUCUGACUUUUCUCUGUCAUCUGUCACUGUCCCUAAGAUGCUAAUGGACAUGCAUACAAGGCAACAAUCUGUCCCCUUUGUAGGAUGCAUUUCUCAAUUGUAUUUUUUCAUACUUUUUGGUGGUCUUGACAAUUUCCUUCUCUCCAUGAUGGCAUAUGACAGGUAUGUGGCCAUCUGUCACCCUCUACACUAUAACACCAUCAUGAGGGAGGGGCUGUGUACACUCUUGGUGGCUGCCUCAUGGAUCAUCUCCUGUAGCAGUGCCCUCUUACACACUGUCCUCUUGGUCCGACUGUCCUUCUGUGCCAACAAUGUCAUCACCCACUUCUUCUGUGACCUCACUGUGCUCCUGAAGCUCAGCUGCUCAGACAUCUCCCUCAAUGAGCUGAUCAUCCUCACUGAGGGAGGAAUGCUUUUAUUCUUGCCUUUGGCUAUUGUUUUGGGCUCGUAUAUUCGUAUAGGGACCAUCAUCCUGAGGGUGCCGACCACUAAGAGACUCUUGAAAGCAUUUUCUACUUGUGGCUCCCAUCUCCUUGUGGUGUCUUUAUACUACGGGACACUUGCUGUUGUUUACUUUUCAUCCUCAUCAUGGGAUUCCAAAAACAUAAUUGCUUCAGUCAUGUAUACGGUAGUUACACCCAUGCUGAACCCCUUCAUCUAUAGCCUGAGGAACAGAGAUGUAAAGCAGGCGUUAGAAUAUUUGUCAACAGGGUUAAAGAAGUUAGUAUGUCAAUGA